AUGUCGGCUCACCCAGCUCCUGCAGGAGUUUUCGAGCUGCAAAGGACCGACUCUCUGACACAAUCUCGUGCGACCGGACCGAACUACGUGGUGGAAGAUGAUGCAGCUACAGAUAGUGAUGUCGAAAAUCGACUCCAAGAGCAGAGCGAUUUCGAAGAUGAUGAGGAUAUUGAUGACUCGGUAAAGGAAGACAUGAGAAAGCUGGAGGAUUCAUUCCCGGGAAUUUCAGAUCGAUUUCGGUUGGUAAAUAGAAUUGGAGAAGGUACAUUUUCUACUGUGUACAAAGCAGAAGAUCUCCUAUACGAUCAUUAUAUCAACGACUGGGAUAUGUUUCAAGACAGCCAAAAUGACACCCGGGAAAGUCCACCAUCAAAACGGCGCCGGACCGAAGGCGAUAAUGGACAAGGUCGAUCAGCACCAGUAAAGCAAAAGAAACCGCGAUACGUUGCAUUGAAGAAGAUUUACGUGACAAGCAGUCCGCUCCGGAUUCAGAACGAAUUGGAACUGCUUCAUGACCUUCGUGGCUGCAGGUCCGUGUGUCCUCUAAUUACUGCUUUUCGACAUCUAGAUCAGGUCGUUGCCGUCUUACCAUUUUUCCCUCACUCCGAUUUUCGCGUCCAAUACCGUACAUUCAUGGUUGCCGACAUGCGCCAUUACUUCCGGUCUCUGUUUACCGCAUUGCAAUCAGUUCAUAAGCACGGCAUCCUGCAUCGAGAUAUUAAGCCAACAAACUUCUUAUACAACCCUGACAUCCGUGAAGGUGUGCUGGUGGACUUCGGUCUUGCAGAGCGCGAAGGAUCGGAAUACACUGGUACCUGUCUUUGCACUAGCUCAUCCGUGACGCGUCGAACCCGAAUACUCCAUAGCUAUUACAGCACUCACUGCAACCCCGGCUCAUUAUCCGUUGGCUAUCCCAAGAAUGAUUCGCGGCCGUCGAGACGGGCUAACCGAGCAGGGACCCGUGGAUUCCGAGCCCCAGAAGUCCUUUUCAAGUGUACCUGUCAGACGACCAAGAUUGAUAUGUGGUCGACCGGUGUGAUUCUGUUGACCUUACUUGGACGCCGUUUUCCAUUUUUUAACUCGGCCGAUGACAUCGACGCCAUGAUCGAAAUGGCAAGCAUCUUUGGUACACGUCGCAUGAAGGCAGCUGCGGCGUUGCAUGGGCAAAUAUUUGAAACAAAUAUACCGACAAUUGGCGAAAAGGGCUACAGCUGGGAGAAACUAGUGAAAUGGGCCAGUUGCGUUGAAGAACUGACAGAAAGUGAAAAACAAGCCACUCGUCUUCUGGCCGGUCUCAUGGAACUCGACCCGCACAAGCGUUUGGGUGCAAAGGAGGCAUUGCAACACGAGUUCUUCACGGAACCUAAAGACCAUGAUGUUGCAUGGGGAGGACACCCCGAUAGCGGCGAUUCAGGGGAAGAAGACGAAGGAGAGGGUGAACAAGAUGAGGCGGAUGAAGUAGCAAUGCUGUGA